UGAAAGUUGAAAGUGCAACAUAAAAGGAAGCUUGCAAAAUGUUCAAAUACAUCGCAGCUGUGGCAUUAGUGCUGGCUAUCAGUGCCGGAAAUGCGUCCGCAUUUUGGUGUUUCACGUGCACCACCUUCAACAGUACCAACUGUCUGGUUCCGGACCAGAACGUCCUGCUCUCGGAAUGUCCUCCCUCGCCGGACGUGACUGCCGUCACCUGCUACACGCGUAUUGUGGGCCAAGAAGUGGAGCGUGGAUGUGCAACCACUCUGGCCCCGGCCGAGCGUGAUAACUGUGCGCUCCUGAACAACUGCCAACUCUGCUCGAAUGACAACGGCACUGCCUGCAACGGAAAUCUGUUCCCGCACGGACGUCUGCACUGCCACCAGUGCGAAGGAAUCACCAACAGCACCUGUGGGGAAGAGAUCCAAACGGAGCCGACGCCCUGUCUGCGCUUUGUGGCCGACGAUCAGUGCGUUGUGCGGGUGCGGGAAAAUAACGUUCAGCGCGGCUGCCUGUCCGAACACGAGUCCUGCCUGAACAGUCGCGAGUGUCAUGUGUGCGCCGGCAAUGGAUGCAACUUCCGGCAUUUCGAAUACAACGCGGCCGGCAGUGUGGUCGCCCAGAUGUCGCUGCUCGUUGGAGCCAUCCUGCUGAGUGCCUUCGUUACCAAUAGUAUGUAAGAAAUGCGGUACCCACGCCGUUUGCGUACGUUUCGAAACAUGUUGUGUAGUUUGUAGCGCACGGAGAGAGGGAGAGAGUUUGUAGCGAAAGCACAGCAACUAUAAGUAUUCACUUGGUGACAAUUUGAAUAAAGAUAUGCUAAGAAUAAAAAAGAA